AUCGAACGGAGCUCUGAGUGCGCACUCGUUGAGAUACAUCGGUGUGUGCCCCUCGUGAAGGAGCGACCUGUCGAGAAGAUGGCGGGAUUUCGUUGCAGCGGCCUUGCGCGAGAGGAAUCACCAUGUUCGAGACUGGUCGACUCAUGCUAUUGCAUCUAGGCAUUGCGUCUGCGUCUGUGAGAAAUAGCAAUCUGGCCGUUGGAAUGGAGAGGCUCAAGACUCCGCCGGAAGACAUCAAGUCAGGGAAGCUUCGGCAUUGCUGUACGGAAGGAAGAUCACAACGCAAGGAGAACAAGACAAAACAAAUUCGCAACGAUAUUGCUAUUUGGCAGCUAUCUGCUCAAAGACUGGCAAUGAUGAUGGGCUUUGCUAUCCCUUCUAUCAUCCAGCCUCAGCUUCUGUUGCUCCCCAAAGCUGGUCGAGAAGGCAGCGGAGGCCAGUGGCAGCACAUGCCACGAUUCUGCAUGCCAUCUGCGUUAUAGCAGCUGUACGGUCAUAACCGCUUUGUUCUUCGCUCCGUCACAGAUUGCUGUUGCUGUUGCGCCUCAUCCAGGCCUUCGUGUGCAUG